GGCCUGCCUGGCAAGAUGGCUGCCUACUUGCAGUGGCGGCGCUUCGCCUUCUUCGACCGCGAGACGCUGACCUCGUCCGAGGGGGGCCCCGCGCUCGUGCCCUCGGGCAUCACGGUCUGCGACUCGGGCCGGGGCAGCCUCGUCUUCGGGGAUAGGGAAGGCCAGAUCUGGUUCCUGCCGCACUCCCUCGAACUCAGCAGCUUCCAGGCUUACAAGCUGAGAGUGACACACCUCUACCAACUGAAGCAGCACAGCAUCUUGGUUUCCGUCGGGGAGGACGAGGAAGGAAUUAACCCUUUGGUCAAAGUCUGGAAUCUAGAGAAACGUGAUGGUGGGAAUCCUCUCUGCACUAGGAUUUUCCCUGCAAUACCAGGCAACAAGCCCACUGUUGUGUCCUGCCUCACAGUCCAUGAGAAUCUCAACUUCAUGGCUAUUGGAUUUGCAGACGGGAGCGUUGUGCUUACGAAAGGGGACAUCACGAGAGAUCGACACAGUAAGACUCAAAUCCUUCACGAAGGAAGUUACCCAGUUACGGGCCUCGCGUUCCGCCAGUCUGGCAAGACGACUCAUCUGUUUGUUGCCACCACUGAAAACAUCCAGUGUUACACGCUUUCAGUGAAGGACUACCCAGAGGUGGAGCUGGAUACCCGUGGCUGUGGGCUGCGCUGCUCCACGCUCAGCGAUCCUUCCCAGGACCUCCAGUUCAUUGUGGCAGGAGACGAGUGCGUUUAUCUGUACCAGCCCGAUGAGCGCGGGCCCUGCUUCGCCUUCGAGGGCCAGAAGCUGAUUGCCCACUGGCAUCGGGGCUACCUCGUCAUCGUGUCCAAGGACCGGAAGGCUUCCCCAAAGUCUGAGUUUGCCGAGGCUGAUCCGCAGAAUUCUGACAAGCAAAUCCUGAAUAUCUACGACUUGAGUAACAAGUUCAUUGCGUACAGCUCUGUCUUUGAUGACGUGGUGGAUGUCCUGGCAGAGUGGGGGUGCCUGUAUGUGCUGACCAGAGACGGGAAUCUCUAUCUGCUGCAGGAGAAGGAUACACAAACCAAGCUGGAGAUGCUCUUCAAGAAGAACCUCUUUGAAAUGGCCAUUAACCUGGCUAGGAGUCACCACCUGGACAAUGAUGGUUUGUCUGAGAUCUUCCGCCAGUAUGGAGAUCACCUAUACAACAAGGGCAACCACGAUGGUGCCAUCCAGCAAUACAUCCGCACCAUUGGGAAACUAGAGCCCUCCUACGUCAUUCGCAAGUUUCUGGAUGCUCAACGGAUCCACAACCUAACCGCUUACUUGCAGACGCUCCACCUGCAGUCCCUGGCGAAUGCCGACCACACCACGCUGCUACUCAAUUGCUACACUAAGCUGAAGGACAUCUCCAAGCUGGAAGAGUUCAUCAAGACCAGCGAGAGCGAGGUGCACUUUGACGUGGAGACGGCCAUCAAGGUGCUGCGCCAGGCAGGCUGUUACUCUCACGCCGUGUACCUGGCUGAGAAGCACGCGCACCACGAGUGGUACCUCAAGAUCCAGCUGGAGGAUAUCAAGAACUACCAGGAGGCCCUGGGCUACAUUGGCAAGCUGCCCUUUGAGCAGGCCGAGAGCAACAUGAAGCGGUACGGCAAGACCCUCAUGCAUCACGUUCCGGAUGAGACCACCGAGCUGCUGAAGGUCCUGUGCACAGACUACCAGCCGGCGGGGGACCGCGAGGGCCUCGGAGCGCUGCAAGGCACGACGGCCAAUCCUGACGAGUUCAUUCCCAUCUUUGCCAACAACUCCCGGGAGCUGAAGGCCUUCUUAGAGCACAUGUCGGAGGUGCAGCCCGAUUCCCCGCAGGGCGUAUACGACACUCUGCUGGAGCUCCGCCUCCAGAACUGGGCUCACGAGAAGGACCCACAGGUCAAAGAGAGGCUGCACCAUGAAGCCGUCUCCUUGCUGAAGAGCGGCCGCUUCCGGGACGACUUCGAUAAGGCUCUGGUCCUGUGUCAGAUGCACAACUUCAAGGACGGUGUCCUGUACCUCUACGAACAGCGCAAGCUUUUCCAGCAGAUCAUGCACUACCACAUGCAGAACGAGCAGUACAAGAAGGUGGUCGAGGUCUGCGAGCAGUACGGGGACCAGGAGGCCUGCCUGUGGGAACAAGCCCUGGGCUACUUUGCUCACAAGGAGGAGGACUGCAAGGAGUACGUCACGGCCGUGCUGAAGCACAUCGAGACCAAGCACCUCAUGCCGCCCCUGCUGGUUGUACAGACGUUGGCUCACAACUCCACGGCCACCCUGUCGGUCAUUAAGGAUUACCUGGUUAGCAAGCUGCAGAGGCAGAGCCGCCAGAUUGAAGACGACGAGCAGAAGAUUCAGAAAUACCGGGAAGAGACCAAGCGGAUCCGCCAGGAGAUCGAGGAGCUCAAGACAAGCCCCAAGAUCUUCCAGAAGACCAAGUGCAGCAUCUGCACCAGCGCCUUAGAGCUGCCCUCGGUGCACUUCCGCUGCGGCCACUCCUUCCACCAGCACUGCUUCGAGAGCUACUCGGAAAGUGGGUCGGAGUGCCCGACCUGCAUGCCGGAGAACCGCAAAGUCAUGGACAUGAUCCGCGCCCAAGAGCAGAAGCGGGACUUGCACGACCAGUUCCAGCACCAGCUGAAACGCUCCAAUGACAGCUUCUCGGUGGUUGCAGAUUAUUUUGGCCGGGGGGUUUUCAAUAAACUCACCCUCCUCACAGACCUUCCUCCGGGCAAAUCUGCUGCAGCGCUUGAUGCAGGCUUGCAGCGCGACCUCCUUAUACACACCAAAAGGAGCACCUAGAUGCUGCUGUGUCCUGGGCUCCCCAGCUGUGCGAAGGGAGCAGCUUCUCCGGUGAACCGAGACCUGGCAGAGGAUGGAGCUUGGCUAGCGAAACCCAGCAGGAGGGCCGUGUAACGACCACAAGGAUUCACGUGGAAAGAAGCCCCCAGCUGCCGAGGCGUGGCCCCUCUCCCCCCUUCUUGCUUCACCCUAGCCCUGCUCAUCUGCAAAGCCACAGGACAGGGCCUAGCCUCCAUUGGCACCAGCCAUAGGAGGUGAACCCUCUCCGCUCGAGAACGACACGGUCCAAGGGAGCCACGGCCUUUCCUUGGUCGGCAAGUAGGCUCGCUUCUCCUUUUCCAAGCCUUCGGACUUAGAGCUGCAGGAAAAGGCUUCUGGCUCAAACCUGGUCUUUGGGCGUUAGUGGCUACCGGAAGGCCGAGCAGGGAAGAGGACUCCAAGCUCCAGCCUUCCGUGUCCCAGCGCUGCACGUGAAAGGGAGCCUCAGCGACGCCUUGUUGCCCUGACAAAAAGUAUAGAGUGAAACGAAGGUGGUGGCAUUCUGGAACUGGAGAAGUGCUCAGGUUGUCAGUGGUGUUCAACACUAACAUCCCCCCAUCGAGGCCUUCGCUUCACGGCCCGUUAUUUCCGUUUGUGACAUAAUGCAUGGAACUUGGCUAAAGAGUAAUAUAGUUAAUCCUGGAUGUCUA